AGAAGACUCAAUAGGGAAGAUGGCGACCGCAGGGUCCGCCGAUCGGCCUGGCAGACCGGCCAGCGUCGCUGCCGGCAGGUCCCGGUCCGGGUCCGGACCUGGAGCUGGGUGCGGGUCAGGGUCCGGGUCCGGAUCCGGGUCCAGCCCGCCGGAGACCGAGGUGACCAAGUGCGCGGCGUGCGUGGGGGCACAGCCCGGCAGCAGUUCGCCCUGCGGACACCCGGCCUGUCCGCUCUGCCUGGCCCGGAGACAGUCCGGCAGCGAGGAGCAGCUCCGGAGGAGGAGUGACCCCGAGAGGAGCAGUAGCAGGACGGGCAGGAGGGACUGCGACAGCCGGAGAGAUUUCUUCGUCUCUCCUGCUUUCAUCCCAAAGUCUGCAGAGCUUUUAUCAGGCCUGACUGGAAAGCACAGGUUGUUGUUGCCCGAUGACAGAGAAGAAUUCAGGAGAAGAAACUCUCUGGUCUGUAAAGAUGAAUCAGUCCGACGUGAUGAAGAGACUGGAGUUCUGUCAGACUCUGAGAACGAGGAGCCGAUCAGCAGGAGGAUCAGAAACAUCUCCGCCUUCAUCAGGAAAACCAAAAACUCGUCAGCCGUCACUGGUGGUUCUCAGAGGAGUCGAAGUUGCACUGACCCAGUGGAGGACAGAGGAGGGAAACUGAAGGUCACCACCCAGCCGGCCAUGAUGGACCGGGUUGGUAUCAGUCACAGCUACACAGCAGGAAUCCUCCUCUCCUCUGAGAACAGUCGCUCCGUCUCGGCCCCGAUCACCGCUCCUGACAGGAGGCUCACCUGGCGAGCCGUGGUCACAUCGUCGUCAUCCUCGUUGACUCCUCUGGUCCUCCCUCCGCCCCGACCCGAGCGCUCCAUCAGCCCCGAGAGCAACGACAGCAUCUCGGAGGAGCUCAACCACUUCAAACCCAUCGUCUGCUCUCCGUGCACGCCGCCCAAACGGCUACCGGACGGCCGUCUGAUGGAGCCCACCAUCGUCAAGUCCACACCCAGGAAUCUGACCCGCGGCCUGCAGAAGGCCACCACCUACGAAGCCAGUCCUGCCGUGCUGCAGAAGUGGAGGCAGAUCGAGCUGGAUCGCCAAAGCCUCAAAGUGAACUCCAAGGCCACGCUGACAAGUCCUGUCACCGAGCUCCAAACCAAGUCCGGCGGGGGGGAGGACGCCGCAAAGACUCAUCAGUCUGCUGCAGGAGACGGAGUGAUGUCCAACAACAAGAGGAAGCUGCUGUUUGAUCCACCAGCCGGAGAUACGGACAAUUUCCAGAAACAGUCUGUAAAGAUCCGGGUCCCUGCGAUCCGCUACAGCAGCGAGGCGACUUUCAGAGGAAGUUCAGACUUUGAGUCAACAGUCACCGCCCCUGAAUCCUGCAGUGGAGGCGCGUUAUUUAGUCGAAAACAAUCGUUCUCGCCGUACACUAAAAACUCUGGUUUCCAGUCGUGUAAAUUAGUGCCAAAGGACUCACAGAGUCCCAGGAAGGAGUCCGACAGUAGCAUCCACAACCAGUCUACCUCAAGGAGGGGCAAGAAGAGGAAGCAGAAGACCAAACACCUGGACUCAGAGCGCGACUCUGACCUGAAGAGGAGCCGGCCCGUCAGCCAGGAGGCCUUCGACGAGCGGUACAUCCGUCAGAUCCAGCAGGAGCGUCAGGACCGGGUGCUCGCCCUGAAGCUGCAGAGACAGUUUGACCUGGAGAACCAGACCAUCAACCAUAGGAGGAGCCCCGACAAGUACUUCCUGCGGUCCUGGAUGUCCAAUCAGAACCGCAGGAGACGCGGCCUGAGGAGAUCCCGACGAAUCAACAAGAAACACUAGAGAGGAGUCAUCUGCUGACUCAGCACUUAGACAGACAGGAAGAGGUUCAUAUAUGCAAAGUGAUGAAAGGUGAAGGUUUAACGAAAGGUAUGAAUGUUUUUACACGACCAUCGUCUCAACAGCAUUCUGACUUUAUUUCAAGUGCAGUUGUGAUAAAAAUCCAGAACCCGUACGUUUCUUCCAAACCUUAUUUUUUCACCAGCAAAUCACCAAAAACUGAGCUCGCAGAGAAAAAGAUGGAAACGAUCAUCAGCUGCAGCCCGAACCUUUUUUACCGCAAACAGUCCAACGAAGGCAACCACAUAAACACAAACGCUCAUCAGAUUUACCCACAGUCUGAGCAUCGUUCUGAGCUCAGUGCGACCUGGAACUGUUUGUUGAUCAGGCUGAAGAACCGGUCUGAGGGGUCAGCGUGGACUCUGAGAACCACAGAGGGACGUUUGGAUUUAUGUUCCAAAUUUUACAGAUUAAAUGAUGAUUGAAAAAAUAAAAAUCAGCAGACCAGUUUGAACAGGAAAACUGGUGCAUAGACGUGAGGACAAAACCAUCUGAGAAAAGUUCAGCAGUUCAGUUUAAUAUUUGUCUUUGAAUUCACUGUCCAACCAGACAGGCUGCCGCCUUUUAAUGAGCAGUUAACGAUUAUUUUCAUUGUUGCUGCUAAAAAAAAAUUCCAAUUAAUUAAUUAAUUAACUAUAAUGUAAGACAAGAAAAAGCAGCAAAUUCUUACAUUUGAGAAGUUGGAACCAUCAAAUGAUUAAUAGUGGUCCAUUAAUCAUCUGUCAGUGGACUAAUUGAAUAUUUGCUGCAGCUCUGGUGUGUUUCAGAAGUGUUCUGGUUUCUAAAACCAGUACCAGAGACUCUCAAGGUUCUUCAGAUUUCAUGUUAUGUGUAGAACAAGGAUUCAGGUUCCUGCAGUGGAACAGAGCUAAAUGACUAAAUCUGAAAACUGCCUGAAAGAGUUGAUCGAUAAUCAAAAUAGUUGCUGAUUAUUUUUCUGUUGUUGGGGUCAGGGUUCAGGGAUUUUGACACAAGAUCAGGAACAGCAUUGAUGCAGGACCUGCUUCAGCUGAUGAUGCAUCUGAGUGGUAGAUCAGAUGAUCUGCAGGUGAUUGGCCGUGGGUCGUUCACCCGGUGCAGCUGCUGCUCUCGUUAAAGAUGGAAAUGCUGAGAGGAUUUUAGGUGAAGAAUCUGUUUGUUACGGUUUUAUCCUCCCAAACGUGUCCGGAAAUCUUUAUUUUUAUCGCAGCUCCAGGACACUACAAAUAAACGUAUAUCAUACGUGCUGAGUCCUGUGGGGAGUUCAGAGUUCAGCUGACCUUCAAGUGUUUGGACUGUAGGAGGAAACAGAACCAAACAGUUGGGUUCGAAACCUUCUAGACCUGGACCCAGUCUGGUUCUGGGCCGAUUUUAAACUUCGAUAACUGAUGAGGCCUUUUCCUGCUUCCAACAUGGACCUUUUUCACCAGCUGUUCACGUUUCUCCAUCAGUCGACACCCGAGGAACCGAGGAUGAUGUGACGUUUCUGCUAUAAGAACCAUCAGAGACAUAAACUUCUCCCAGUACAGUUACUGGUCCAUCUCUGCCGCUGACGGUCUUCCAGUCCGAACAUUUGUCAGACGUUUUUUUUCUGGGUAUCGACCCUCAACAUUGUGAAGCUGUGGAUGGAGUCUUCUCCAUGACUGCUGAGGUUCAUGGGUACUGUAGUCCAAACUACACUGAAGGAGGAAAAACCUGAUUUAUCUGGGGGGCUUUUUACCUGCAGACCAGUAUGGACCAGAACAGUGUGGAUCAGGAGACUCUGUGGUUCGCGUCGUUACUCUCCAGGAGAGAAAAGUUAUGUGACUGGAUGAGCUUUUUUGGUUUUUAGGGUCAUGAUUAAAUAACACAGCUAAAAAAAGGACUAAGAGAAGGACGGGUCAUUGUCGUCAGUGUUUGAUUUUUAAGUUUUACAUCAGAAGCCGUAUUCACAUUAUUUGAUUGGUGCAGAGUGGACACAGUUUCAGCACAGCUUAUUGUUGAUUUAACCUUGAAAGUUCUGGAUCAAGACCUCCAGGAUUCAGAACUGUGAAGCUGUUUUCAGCUAAACUGAAAAUAGUACAUUUUGGUGAGCUGCGCUAAUGCUAAGAGGCGAAAGCUCAUUUAUUUUAAAUUAAAAUUAAUGUUUAAAAAGAGUUUGAAUUAAUGAGUCUGUGUUCAAACUGCAGCUGUUUGUUUGACUUCCUGUUUCCAGCUGUUGCAGAGAGCUGCCCAGACUUCUGCACCAAACUCCACUCACAAAACAGACCAUUAAAUGUUGUUUAUCUGUUAAAACUCCAGUCAGUUUGACAACAGACGCAUUGGUUAAUUUGUAAUAUAUAACUCAGUAGACAUAGUAGUGCAGGAAGUAGGGUUUUUUCCCCCCAUUUUUACUUUAUUAGAAACAAGGAAAAAGCUGCACAUUUGGAUCAGCCAUCUUUGAUGUUUUGAGUUCUGACACUGAUGUUAGAAACACCGACUUUCUUCCAGAAUUUCUGUGUAAGAUGCAUAAAAUGGCAUUCCUCUGAAUUGUAUGUAACUAACUGUAAUCAUUUACAUUCCACAACUGAAUAUCCUCCAUUGUUUCUACAAUAUAAUGUGAAUACGGCUUUAACCUGUCACCUGCAAAUCCUUGUUUCUUCACAUUCCCGAUGAUGAUUUUUCCAGAUGAUUUUCCAGUGUUGAGAUUAAUUUCCCUCCUUCCAGGCAGCCAUGACAGUGUUGUCACUGAUCGUUUCUGUCAGUGUGAUUCAUUCAUUCAUCAUGAGGAUCAUGUUGUAACAGUUGGGUUUCUGUGAAGUUGUUUGAGAGUUUCUGUUCAGACUCUUUGAUGUAUUUUGGAUGGAGCUGAAGGGCUUUUUUUUUUUGCUUUUUUUUUUUUUUUUUAACGGACGCCACACAAGCUUUACUCUCUCCAACACAGAUAUGCACAUUUUAUAAAGAUGUACUAAAGCUUUCAUCCUUCAGUUGAUGCAGUCAAACAGCAGAGUGUUGAGGUUGGGGGGGUGUUUUAAUGCUGAGUGCCAAAUGACCAGAGACUGUCUGAUGGACGAUGUUAAUAGUUUAUACAGUAAUUCAGUAGUUUUGUAUGAGAGGGGGAGGAGAGCUGAGGCUGCUGGAAGACAAACUAAAAGACCUGAGACGACUGUGUGUCCUGUCCUCUUUUAACGUUUGCACGAGACACAACGAGACUGGGAACAAAAAGGAACAUGAAAUCCAUCGGUUCAUGAAGAUCCAGAAACAUCCUCACCUGGAAAGUAGUUUGUUUUACAUACAUUUUGGUGAGAAGUCCCACCUCAGCCAG